AUGUCAGAUCGCGGCGCUCGGGGCGGCCGUGGAGCCGGCGGCGGUGGACGCGGCCGCGGCGGAGACCGGGGCGGCUACUCUGACCGCGGUCGAGGUGGAUAUGGAGAUCGCGGCCGCGGCGGUUAUGACCGCGGCGGUCAAGGUGGCUUCCGCGGCGGCCGUGGAGGCCGGCCUCGCGACACCACGACAGAGUUGGCAUAUAACGUCAACGGAUCCUUCCCGCAGCCCGACGCUGCUAUAACCAACCUGGAGGACCGCCUCAUCAAGGGCCAGGCUUCCUCCGCCGCCGGCUUGGCCUCGCAGAUGGCAAAGGCCGACAUUCGAGGCCCUCCGCUCCAGGCUAGGUCGACGGAUGUGUUUCCCUUGCGGCCGGCCUUUGGCACAAACGGUCAGGCCGUCACCCUAUGGGCCAAUUACUUCAACGUCAACGUCAAGCCCACGGUGCUGUACAAGUACCACUUUGAGUUUAGCAAGGAGGUCAAGGGCCCCGACAAGACCCUUGUCCUCGCGACCGAGUACAAGAGCCAGCUCGUCUCGCUCCAGAAGCUCAAGCUAGCCGAGAACCCCGUCCGCUUCCGCCUGCCCGUUGAGACGAGUGCCGACAAGUGGGAUGUCAUUGAUGCCACCAUCCACGGCCCGACCGAGGCCCCCCUCGACGCCCUGCUCAAUUACGUUGCCACCAUGAACGAGGCCCCAAGCGAUGGCAUCUUCCCCAAGCAUCCCGACGUCGUCGACGCCCUCAACGUCGUCCUCGGCCACGGCCCGCGUUCCAAGCUGCACGACAUCUCGGCCGUUGGCAGCGCCCGCUUUUUCCCCUUUGGCAGAGACGAGGCCGCAACAAAUCUCUUCCAGGACUUUCACCAGCUUAUCGCCGCCCGCGGCUUCUUCCAGUCGGCCCGCCUUGGCACCGGUCGGCUGCUUCUGAAUGCCAAUAUCCAACCGACACAGGCCUUCAAUAACCAGGCCAUGAGAAAGGUCAAGGCCUUUGCCAAGUUCAUGCCCAGGACGCGCGUCUGGGUCGACAUGAUGCUGUCUAAUGGCGAGGAGGUCCGCAGGACAAAGUCCAUUCACGGCAUCGUAAGCCAGUCCGAGCUGUCUCGCCAGACGCCCUCGGACAGCAAGCCCCUCAAGUUUGCCCCUAACUACGAGUACCCCGGGCCCAAGCAGGUCCAGUUUUUCCUGAAUGAUGGCAAAGGAGCGGGUCGCUACAUUUCUGUCUUUGACUAUUUUAAGACGAAGUACAAGAGGACGCUCAAGGACUAUCCGCUGGUCAACCUGGGUCGCGCAGACAAGCCCACGCUCUUCCCCGCCGAGGUCAUCGAGAUCCAGCCGGGCCAGUCGGUCAAGGCCCGGCUUACCAUGAACGAGACGACGGCCAUGCUGGAUGUGGCGUGCCGCUCCCCGUAUGCCAAUGCCAUGUCCAUCAGCGCCGAUGGCCGCAAGACGCUCGGACUGGACGACGAGGGACUCAACCGCUUCGGCCUCUCGGUCGACAAGAGCCUCCUCACAGUCCGAGGCCGUGUCCUCAACGUGCCUAUGAUCAGCUAUCUAAACAACCAGCAGAAGCGGGCCGACGUGCCGCCUGUCAAUGGCAGCUGGAAUAUGAGGAACGUGCGGGUUGUCAAGCCCGGAGCCAUGAUUGAGCGCUGGACCUUUCUCAACGUCAUGAAGAGGAGCGAUAGCCCUAUCAUCGAGGUCCCUGUCAUGAAGGACUUUGCCAAGUUCCUGGGCAGCAGUAUGGGCAUUAGGAUUAAGGAUACGCCCGUGGUGCCGGGCGAUGGCAAGAUGUUCACGAGCUGGGACCGAGCUAUGAGCGACGGGCUCGAAAACUUUUUCCAGUGGGCCAAGAAUAACCGGAUCCAGUACGUUUUCUUUGUCUUGACGGAAAAGGACAGCCAGGGCCUCUACUCGAAGAUCAAGAGCCUAGGCGACUGCACCUUUGGCAUCCAUACCGGCGUCGUCACAUCCAAGCACCUGCUCAAGCCCAACAACUUCAUGUACUACGCCAACGUGGGCCUUAAGGUCAACCUUAAAGCCGGCGGCGUCAACCACCGACUCCGCGACGACGUGGGGCUGCUCAAGGAGGGCAAAACCAUGGUGGCUGGCUACGACGUGACGCACCCGACCAACAUGACGACGGGGCGGGAGGCGCGGGAGGCGCCUAGCCUGGUCGGGCUCGUGGCGAGCGUCGACAAGGACCUGGCGCAGUGGCCCGCCGUGUCGUGGGAGCAGCCGUCGAAGCAGGAGAUGCUGAGCGGGCAGCUCGUCGACGCCUUCAAGUCGCGGCUGGAGCUGUGGCAGCGGCACAACCAGGGCCAUUUCCCGGACAAUAUUGUCAUCUUCCGCGACGGCGUGUCCGAGGGCCAGUUCUCCCAGGUGCUCGAGCAGGAGCUGCCGUCGAUCCGGCAGGCGUGCCGCGCCAAGUACCCGGCCAAGGCGUCGCCGCCGCGGCUGACGAUUGUCGUCUCGGUCAAGCGCCACCAGACACGCUUCUUCCCCACGAGCAAUGAGUCCAUGUCCGACUCGGGCAACAUCCGCAACGGCACCGUCGUCGACCGCGGCGUCACGCAGGCGCGGUACUGGGACUUCUUCCUUACCGCCCACCACGCGCUCAAGGGCACCGCGCGCCCGGCCCACUACACCGUCAUCCUCGACGAGAUCUUCCGCCAAAAGUACAAGUCCGCCGCCGCCAACGAGCUCGAGCGCCUCACCCACGAGCUGUGCUACCUGUACGGCCGCGCCACAAAGGCCGUCAGCAUCUGCCCGCCCGCCUACUACGCCGACAUUGUGUGCGAGCGCGCCCGCGCCCAUCGGCCCGAGAUCUUCGAGGCCAGCGACACCGACAGCGUCUCCACCGGCGGCAAGGCCUCUCCCGCCGCGAGCCGCCAGGUCCACGAGUCACUCAAGGACACCAUGUACUACAUUUAG